AAAUGUUCGGUGGAGAGAUCAGAUAUUGAUAGCACUCUGUACUUUUCCAUUGGCCGCACCCAACUCGUAUCACAGACCAGAAGACGAAGCCACAAGCUCUCUCUCUCUCUCUCUCUCUCUCUCUCCUCAGCUCAAGAUCUUCCUUGCUUUCAGAGCUUUGAAAAGCUAAUUUGAGGCUUGCACUCAAUCUCUCUCUCCCUCUCUCUCCCUCUCCCCACCCUAAUCCCUGCAAGUCUGCAUCUUUUUCUCUCUACUUCCAUUGCGAUACAGACCUCAAGGUUCCAUUUAAUUACGGGGUCCCUGUUUAUCUUCUACUUCUAGCUACUCUCUCUCUCAGUGGCUUACGGUUUGGUCAAGCUUAGCUUUUUUCCCUCCGGUUGCUUCUUCCACAAGAUCUUAUCCCACUCUGCUUAAAAACAAAGCUUAAAAAUUUUCUCUGAGAAAGUGAAAGAAAAAAGAAAGAAAUAUUCUCAGAAUUUUCCCGGAAAAAUUACGUGAGCACUGAGGGCAGCAGCGUAUGUAUAAUGGUCCUCCAGCAUCCAAUUCUACCUUGACCCCAUUAAUUCAAAUUUCCACUGUAGCAAGCAGUGCACCGCCAUUCAUGGAUUCAAAUACCCACCAACACAAUUCUGGGUUGCUCAGAUUUCGCUCUGCUCCGCACUCCCUCCUCUCCAAUUUCGCCGACGGCGGCGAUUCGGGGCUUCACAGUAAAAGCCCAGUUGAGGGUUCUUCGGAGUCCGAGAGAUUGUUCUCCAGAUUCGCGAAUUACAGCCAUAUCAACGACUCAGAUUCCUGGCCGUCGAGUUUUCAAGAAUUUGACGACAAAUCCGUGGUGACGGCAACGGAGGCGGCAGUGUCAGCGAUCCGGAUGAGCUCACAGGGAGGGUAUUCUGGGCUGCUGCCCCCUCAUUAUCCGAGGCAGAGCUCGUUUAAUGGCGGAUAUGGGUUGGCGGGUUCCGGUCCAAUGGAACGUCAUCACACUCCGGCCAACAAGUCAGUUCAUUCGAAUUCAAAUCUUGUUAGACAAAGUAGUUCCCCUGCUGGGCUUUUCUCCAACACCUCUCUUCAAAACGGAUUCCCAUUCGGAACUUGGAAUGACUCAUCGAAUUUUCCAGAGAGUUUAGAUGGCAUGAGAAGAGACCAAGAUCAUGAUGGGAAAUUAUUUUCGGUUGAUCAGAACGGAGAGCUUGAAAACCGGUUUCAUGUAUUAUCCCAUCACCUGAGUUUACCAAAAACUUCAGCAGACAUUGCCAUGGAAAAGUUCUUGCAACUUCAAGAUUCUGUACCUUGCAAAGUUAGAGCAAAGAGAGGUUGUGCCACUCAUCCUCGAAGCAUUGCCGAAAGAGUGAGAAGAACACGGAUCAGUGAACGAAUGAGGAAACUACAAGAACUCGUCCCGAACAUGGACAAGCAAACCAACACUGCAGACAUGCUCGAUUUGGCAGUUGAUUAUAUUAAAGAUCUUCAGAAACAGUUCAAGACGCUUAGCGAUGUUAGAGCAAACUGCAAAUGUUUAAACAUGCAGAAGCCGGUGUCGAAUCCGGUGUCGAAUCAGGAAAGUGACGGGGGAAGUCGGUUGAAAGUUUGAAGCCACACAAUAUAUUCUCUUUUAUGCAGUGAAGUUCAACUAGAAAUUAUAUCCAAAAAGAACUCCAAAGAAACAGGUAGAAGGAGCCGUUAGAUAAUGUAGUUUUUGAUGGGGUGUGAUGUAGAAGGUUGGUAGAAUUUCCACCACAAACCUGGAGGGGACCAGGUCUUGUAACCUAAACGAGCAGUUUGAGUUCCUAGCUAUCACAUAAUUAAUAUAUGAAAUAAACAUAACAAGAAUGUACAGGACAAGUUCUAAGAAUGAAAUCCUUUGAUUUCAAUUUUUUUGUUUGCAUAUCAUUUUAUGCAAGCCA